AUGGAAGCUUCAGCCAGAUUCCCUGUCCCUAGGCGCUCCUAUGCUGAUAUGACAUCUACACCUCAGUCCAAUAUGUAUCCCUCGCAGGCUUCUAUCGCUCAAUUAUAUGACCACCCCCCUCUGCAGUCACCCUACUCCUCCCCUCAGAAAACAGUAUCUUAUCGCAAAACAGUUUAUAACUCCCCUCGUCCUCAUGCUCCUCUCGGCAAAUCCUAUGAUGCAGUUGCCCACAACAACAUCACACAAACUCCAAAAUCUACACAACCAAAUGGUUGCGCUUUAACAGACAACCAGAAGUACAUAGAAACCACUCCUCUUCCAACUCCUAAUGAUAACUUAAUUGAAUUACUUACUUGCACCUUAAUAAACAUUAUCUCUAAAUUCUCUGAAGCCUUACCGCCCAAUGUCACUAUCCUUGUUCAACAGCUCCUCACAAAGUUAAUUGUUAAUAAUGGACCAGUCAGUCCUACAGUGGAACAGUUGCAAGCUAUCCUAGGUACUAUCCCUUCCCCUCUCAUUGUGCUUGGUGAUUUUAAUUGCCAUCACACUAUGUGGGGAUCACAUUUUAAUGACCCACUGUCCUCUUCCCUGCUGGACUUACUUGAUGACCUGAAUCUCUGCGUACUGAAUGAUGGAUCCGCCACUCGACGCAUUGCCCCUACCCAAAACCCGAGCUCCCCUGACCUUAGUCUUGCAUCCCCAACUUUGAUAAAUAAACUUAUCUGGCACAUCCUUCCAAACUCAUAUGCUGCUGACGACUCAAUUCCCAUCAAAAACUCGACAAUAAAUAAAAUCUGCUCUCCACCAUGGUGGGAUAAUGAGUGCACCACAUCCGUUAAACAGCGAAAAGAUGCCGAAAACACAUACGCACUAAACCUAACGAUGGACAACUAUUUGGCUUUUCGCAAAAUUUGUGCUAGCACAAAAAGACUCUUAGCUAAAAAAAAAAAGAUAGGAUGGCAGAAAUUUUGCGAAUCAUUAUCCCCACGAACACAUCCUUCAGUAGUCUGGAAGAAGUUAAAUUCAUUCCGCAAGGGAUGUACUAGCGUGGAAGCUACUUCUAAUGACCCUCUGCCAUGGCUUAAUAAUCUGUAUAACAAUUUAGCUCCUCCAUUCGCCCCCUCCCAAGACUGCCUCCCAAUACCAUCCCCUCCUGUGUCAAAUGAUAGAAUGGACGAACCCUUCUCAUACCCGGAGCUGUGCUGCGCUCUCGACCACCUUAGAGACUCAUCCCCUGGUAUAGAUGGUAUUCCUUACUCCUUCAUCCAUAGGAUCUCUAUUUCUGCGAAAAAGAAGUUACUGGAAAUAUUGAAUGCCGUUUUUGUAUCAGGAAAUGUACCGGAAUCUUGGAAAACCCAAAUCGUGGUUCCCAUUCUAAAGCCUGGUAAGGAUGCAUCCGAUGCCAGUUCGUACAGACCUAUUGCUCUCUCCUCGGUUCUGGCAAAAAUCAUGGAACACUUAUUAAAAAAUAGGCUUGAGUGGAUUUUAGAGAACAAAAACCUUCUACCGAACAGCCAAUUUGGAUUCAGACGUGGAAGAGGAACUAUUGAUAGUCUCAGUAUACUCACCAACGAAGUCCGACUUGCCUUCUCCAAAAAUCAGCAUCUUAUAGGCGUCUUUCUAGACGUCUCAUCUGCGUAUGACAAUGUCCAGCUUCCAAUACUCAGGCAAAAAUUGCAAAAGCUGAGUAUCCCUGCGAGACUGACCAACAUCAUAUGCAAUCUCUUUAUGGCCAGAUCUAUCUCUUUGCGCUUUCAAGGCUCUCUCCAUCCUCCAAGACUGGUCUGGAAAGGCCUUCCUCAGGGCUCCGUCUUGAGCCCCCUCCUUUUUAAUCUUUACACCUGCGAUCUAGAGACAUCUGUUUCCUGCUUCUGCAAUACAUUACAAUAUGCUGAUGAUAUUGCCUUAUAUUUAGCUUCCGACUCCCUGCCUGGAAUUGUCUCUGGCCUCAAUAAUGCCUUGUGGUAUUUACACCAAUGGCUAGAGGAUCACGGCCUAGCUCUCUCCAUACCCAAAUGUACGGCUGUUGUAUUCACCCGGAAGAGACAAAUUCCCCCUAUACAUCUUUCUCUUAAUGGUCAGAAUAUCAAAACCGAAGACAAGGUUAAAUUUCUCGGUAUCAUUCUAGACUCUAAACUCUCUGGUCUCCAUCAUCUCACUUACAUCUCUAAUAAGUGUGAGAGUGCAAUUAACGUACUGAAAGCUCUCUCUGGAGUUCGUUGGGGGUCUCAUCCCUAUAGUCAGAAGCUUCUGUACAACUCCAUAGUUAGGAGCCACUUUGAUUACGGAUGCUUCCUGCUAGAACCAUCCAAUAAAAUUGCCUUGGCAAAACUUGACAGAAUCCAAUCAAGGUGCCUACGAUUAGUUCUGGGUGCAAUGAAAUCUUCACCUAAUAACGCAGUCCAAGUAGAAUGUGUAGAUCCUCCCCUCCAACUUCGCAGACAAUUCCUUUCAGAUAGAUUCUUCCUAAAUGCUUACCAGUACAACGACCAUCCUUUGGUCGCAGCUUUAGAAACCCUGUCAGACCUAGCCUCCACAUCCGCUUAUUGGUCACGUAAGGACCCUUCACCAAUCCUCAAGAGUUUCCACACAAUUAAAGCCUUGCCUUACUCAAUCAUUAGAACACAUCGCAACCCUAUCUUUGAAUAUGAUUAUAAUUCCUUAAUUUUUCACCCCACAGUGCAUUUAAACUUUAAUAUCCAAAAACACAGCAUUACAGCAAAUCAGGAUUUUAAUAAAAUUAUAGAGGAAUACUUUAGAGAUUGGGUUCUCGUUUAUACUGACGCGUCCAAGUUGUCUAAUGACGGCAACACUGGCGCUGCAGUAUGGAUCCCUAAAUACAAUAUACUGCUCAGUUUUAAAUGUCCUCCUCCCACAUCGAUUGUUACUGGAGAAUCUAUCGCCAUCUUAGAAGCUGUUUUAUACGUAGAAUCCCACCAAAUUAAUAAAACCCUAAUCUUAUCAGAUUCUCUAAGUUGCUUACAAGAUAUCCAGAAGUAUCCAUUCCAUGCCAAAAACAACUCUAUUAUAUCCUUGGAAAUACGACAAAGUCUCUACAAAUGUCAUAACUCUGGUAUAAAUGUUGCUCUAGCAUGGAUUCCUAGCCACUCGGGAAUAAUAGGGAACGAGUCAGUUGACUCGUGGGCCAGACAAGCGGUGAGUAUGGGCAAUACCACUCAUAACAAAUGUUAUGCUCGUGAUCUACGAGCACAGGCAAAGCCUCAGUUGAUGCAGGCAUGGCACCACCUAUGGCAAAAAACGAGACUGGAAAAAGGAAAGUAUUAUGGAAGCAUUCAACCGGAAAUACCCUCCAAACCAUGGUUCUUCUCCCAGCGCUCACUAGACAAAUGGGUUACUUCAGUUAUAUGCCGCCUCCGACUAGGACAUAUAUGUACUCCCACUUUCCUUUUUAAAAUCAGAGUUCGUGACCACUCUCUCUGUGAAUGUGGCCUAGACGAAGGGACAUUGGAGCACAUAUUUUUCACAUGUCAAAACCUGUCAGUUCCACUCUACGAUAUGCUUCCCCGUAAUAUUGCCAGACCUAUUAAUAUUCCUUUUCUUUUAACACUGGCCCACUCCCCUCUAGUUAAAAUACUAGCCAAAUUUAUUGCUGUCAAUAAUAUAAAAAUAUAA